GGCCCCAUGUCACUUUCCACUUGUGAGUUUUUGAAAAGAGGAUGUCGGUCACUAGACUGACCACUCCUCCCUCCAUUAGACUAAAAACCCUGCAAUUUGCAAAUCUAGGGUUUAGUAAAGUAGACAGAAAGUGGUAGUACCUUCAUUUCCUCUCCUUUGCUUGCCUCAAAUGGCAAUUACGACUAGGGUUUUGUUUGUUUAUUAAUUCAUUGUGUUGUGGGUUUCAAUUUGAAGUUCAAGCAGCGACCCAAUUAGCGUUACUCUAGUAGUGUUUCAACUUCAACCCUAGAUUUCGCUUCAAAUCAAAUAUAGGGCUUACGGUGAGAGUUUUGUUUGUUUAUUUAUUAGUAAUUCAUCUCUGUGGUGUGGGUUUCAACUUCAAGUUCAACCAUCGACCGAUUGGCAUUACUGAGGGGAGCAGAUUCGAAUAAGAAAAUGUCAGACUACUUUCCAUUUCUACCUGGAGAUGUGCUGAGCGACAUCCUUACUAGACUUCCCCUCAAAACCCUAAUCCGAUGCACCUCCGUCUGUAAAUCAUGGUACUCUCUCCUCACAAACCCUAGUUUCAUUACCAAACACCUCAAUCGAUCUCGAUCCAACCACAACAACGAUUUUCUACUGUUUCAAAGCUAUUCCGAUUUUUAUGAUGGCGAUAAUAAAGAGACUUAUUCACUACGUUUAGAUGAUAACAAAACAUUCUUGGAGUAUGCACAGCUUGAGUUGCCAAUGAAGAGCUAUUGCAACCAUUAUUUUCGGAUAUCGGUAGCUGCAAUGGCCUCAUUUGCCUCUCAGACGAUCAGUUCAUGUAUAUCAAUGAUCUCUUUCUUUGGAAUCCUACCAUUCGAAAGGUUUUACCCCUUCCACGGGUUCGUGUCACCUUCGAUUCGCACGGUCCAUUCAGUGCCAACAUUGGCUUUGGGUUCGAUUCAAGCACUGGUGAUUACAAGGUUAUCCGAAUUGUGCAUUUCGAUUAUGUUCACAUGCCACAGGAGAUUGACAUUUUCAGUCUCAGCACCGGCACUUGGCGCAACAUCAGUCAUAUGGCGCUUCCAGAUAUCAACAUCAAUGAGCGGGCUCCCCAGGCUUUUCUCAAUGGGGCUGCACACUGGGUUGCUUCCAAAUUGCGUAGUUAUGGUGGCGGCUUCUUGAUCGUGUCCUUCCACAUGGGUCAUGAAAAAUUUAGUCAAAUUAUGCUACCUCAUAACAUCAUGGCUCAUGACAGUGGCUUAGCAUCAAUGCUGAUGUCAAGUGCUCUUUAUUUUCGUGUUGCUAAGUUUCAGGAAUCACUCGCUGUCAUCCACUUUACUGGUCCAGAAGACAAUACUUGUUGCAUUUGGGUGAUGAAAGAGUAUGGCGUAAGGGAGUCUUGGACUAAGCAAUUCUAUUUUGAUAUGACUGAAACAUUCAAUACCCUUGCUGGAUUCACAAGGAAAGGCAAACUUCUACUGGCAACUAGUGAUGGGUACCUGGUCGCUCAUGAUCCCAAAGCCGGUCUAACAACCCAUCUUUUAGUUCGUGGGACUACACAUCAUACGUAUAAGUAGUCAUUUUUUGCAGAUGCUUACACGGAGAGCCUAGUUUUACUUGGAAAGAGAUUUUGUGAUACAGGCACUUCUGAGGAAUCAUCACCUGGGGCUGUUGAAGGGAGGUGUGAGGAAAUCAAGAACAGGUUUGUGACGGGGGUGGAAAAUGAAAAUGAGAAAAUAAGUGGAGAUGGAGAACUGUAAGAAGAGUAGCGCUGUAGAAGUUGCAUAGUGAACUCUUUCCUUGCUUUUACUUGGUCUUGCUUUGCUUACAAUAUAUAAAAAUAUAUCGAUGUAGUUAAAAACUUUCUUUGUGAAAGAUUUAAUUCAUGCAUGAUACUUACGAACUCUUGGAGCAUUUGGGCUUGAUAUGCCUUGUGGAUAUUAUGCUGAUUAUAUUUUGAAUUGUUGAUUAUUACUUAUCUUUUGAUGCCAUUAUAUAUUUCUAGAUUUUGUUUUGCGGUA